AUGACCGAAACAACAUCUUACGAUCAAGUGAAUCGACACAAGCGACUAUAUUAUAUUUUGAUCAAUAUAAAUCUUUUCGAGGAUAAAGAAGAAUUAUCACUUGUCGAUCAAUUGCUCGCUUCAAGAGUUUUUCUCUCUUUAUUGGCCACUAUUCUUAGUAUUGUUAUUGUUUUCACUACUUUUAGUGUUCAAAUAAAUACUGUGACUAUUCAAUUACCAAGUGAAAUUACUUUUGAAAAACUUUCUCUUCAAUAUCCAACUACACUUUCAUGUCCGUGUAAACAAAGUUCAAUUCAACAUGAUCAAUUUCUUAUAUUUGAUUUAUACUAUCAUUCAAUAUGUACAAGUCAAUUUGUCAAUCAAACAUUUAUUUCAUCUUUAUUUGAUUACCAGAUGAGUGAUUAUUAUCCAUUAGAUUAUCGUAUUAUGGCAGCAUCUCAUUUUCAAUUAGUUGCUCUACUUUGUCGAACAAUAAAAGAAAUGGUAUCAGAUGCUUUGAAAGAGUUUGCUACUAGGAACAUGAUCACUCAUCAAGUUUUAUCACAUAGUAUAUUUAAAACCCAAGUAAAAGCACUUGUUGAACAAUUAAAAGCAACAACUAUCGUUAAGAUCAAACAUAUCAAUGAUUUUCUGUCGUUUAAUAUUUUUGAAAAUGGAAUCGUUUCAGCAUUGCGAACGAACUAUUUUACUCAAGCUGUACCUGGGAUUCAAACCGAUAUCUAUUUCGAAAAAGAAACAGUGUGA